UGUGUGUGUGCGUGAGCGCGCACGUGUUUAUAUCAAUGCGCCACGCUCCAGUGCGCUCUCUGAAGGGGAUAAGUGGGAGUGGGAGAGGAGAGGGACGACAGUACAGACGAAGAUUCAGUCGGAUAAGUAACUCGUCAUCAAGGAACGAGAAGGCAUCGUCACCGAGGUCCACUGCACCUGCUGCAACUUGCUGCCACACGGCACCAACAUCCUCCUCCAUGUCCAGCGGUUUAACGAUGGAUCACACUUUUCUGCCUCGGUCAAUCUGGACCGGUGACAGUAAAUUCCUCCAGCAUCCAGCGGAUCUCUACACCAGUGUGGUCGUUACGCGCAGCAUCCCUGUAGGCACGUGCUUUGGUCCGUGUGUGCUCCAAAACACUUUCUACGACACUAUCGCCUUCAUAGCGCAAAAAUCCUGCGACAAGAGAGCCAAGUCCUAUGUGUUCAGGGUGGACCCCGAGGCCAUGCGUAAUUCUGCGCUGGUGAUGUCCUGGCUGCGGCUCGUGCAGGCUGCGCGCAACGGAGAGGAGCAGAACACAGAGGCCUUUCUGAAGGCGGGUCAGCUGUAUGUGCGGACCAUCCGGGACAUACGGCAGGAGGAAGAGCUGCUGGUGUGGUACGACCAGGAGCUGUCUCACCUACUGGGCUUCACAGACAUGAGCAGAGGAUCAAGUGAAGAGUUCAAAUGUGGAAGAUGUAACCAGGUCUUCAAGAACGAAUAUCCUUUCCUGGCUCACUGUCGAUUCCUGUGUACCCAAGUAAAGACUGACACCUGGAGCCGCGAGGUUUACGAGCACAAGCAUGUGGAAAUUAAGAGGCAACACCGAGUGACAGACUUCCACAACAUCGCCAGAGAUUUGGAGCACAAAAAAUCUGGCAGCAGCGAGGACGCGGAGGUUUCCCCCAAGAGAAGGAAAUACGAGGAAACUCUUUUCCCCAAAGUGCGGAAAACAGUCCUGUUGGAAAAAACGAAUAUUUCAAAUGAUGACAAUAUCACACCGCUGAUUAAGGGCUACGACCAGGCAGCAGGAGAUGCGUCCUCCUCUGCGGGGAAACUGAAAGCUGGUAAGAUCAAACCGGAUCAUUUGGGAUGUAAGAAUGACGCUUUUACGCACAGCAGAGGGAUGGACGCACAGUCGGAGGCAGGUGAGAGUUCUGGUGUGCACUCAAGCAGCAGCAGCAGCAGCAGCAGUGCGUUUUCUCUGGUCCUGUCCAACAGUCAGGGCGAGCAGAAAAGCGCUUUCUGCAAACCGAGUAAAAGAACUUCCCCUGUUGACCCCCAGGCGCAUCUCAGCAGCGCUCCAACAGCCCCCUCUAGCCGCCUAGAGGAGAUGACUGAUGCCUUCACCUCCAGGACUGUUAUGGGAUACAACAAUCUAAUGGCAUCCAACAUCCUGAGCGGUGACUUACAGACUGUGCCCUCCCCGGUUGCACUGAACAAUGCUUUCCAUUACGCACCGGAGCACUGGUCCAGGAACAUUGGCGUCCAGCUGCAGACCACAUCUUCUCUCACGAUCCUUCCACCGACUUUCACCUCAUUCGGCGUGUCGGUGCAGAACUGGUGCGCCAAAUGCAACCUGUCCUUCCGCAUGACCUCCGACCUCGUCUUCCACAUGCGCUCUCACCACAAGAAGGAGUUCGCUGCGGAGUCCCACGUGAGGAGGAGAAGGGAGGAGAAACUCACCUGUCCGAUCUGCCAUGAAUACUUCCGGGAGCGGCACCACCUGUCCAGACACAUGACCUCUCAUAACUAAAACAAAUAAGGGACAAAAACAUUAUUUGUUUCUUUAACGAUGCUCGUAUUUAACAGGCUUAGACGGCGAGACUUUGGUGCGUAACAGUGAAUGUAGGUAGCUGUAAAGAAAAUAGCGAAACGGACACACGUGGCCAUCACAGCCUGUCCACUAGAUGACGAUAGAGGUACGUGUAAGCUGAUCUCACUGCAGUUUGUUGUCUGUCCUUUAGCCCUGUGUGUGUUAGGUUGAUGAUUAUUUUUGUGCCUUACGGAACUCAGGAGGGAAGAAAGACGGAGAGAUCUGGAGGACAGCUCAUGAUUGUCACAAAUAUCUCCUCGCUUAUUUAUCUGCUUUUUUCUGCUCUGGUUUGUACGACAGAUGUGGACUGAGUGUGUUUGCACAUUCGCUUUGAAAUCUAAAAUGAUGAAAAAUGAAA